AAAAUAAUAAAAAUCCUCUCUUUUGCAGUAAAGAAUCUUCUUCAAGUCUUUGGAUUGAGUUCAACCCAAAGUAUCUCCUCUUCUUUAAACCCUAAAACAUCUAAUCUUAAGGAAAGAAAAGCCAUGACCACUCUUCAAGCUUCUCUUCUCUUCAAGCCUUUACCUCCUCUUUUCCAUUUUUCUUCCUCAAAACAUGUUCGGUCCCUUUCUUUCUCCAACCCUUUAUCCUGUCUUCGUUUAUCUACAACUGCAUCUACUCCUUUCAAGACUCGGUUUUGCCGCCACAAUUUACUGCUUCAUUGUACAUUGAAUCCUGAACAAGUCGAUUCCUCAUCGGAAUUUGCCUUAUCUAAUAAUGACAAUUCUAUUCCGGAGAUUGAACCCCUAGAAUUCAAUGAACCAUCUGUUGUUGAGAUUGGUUCCGUUCAAAAUUCUUCCAUUGACUCGAAUGGUGGAGUAGUGAGUAGUGUUUCUGAUAAUGAAGCCGGUCAUGUGGAAUCAUCUGAGGUUUUGGUGGAGAAUGAUGAACUGAAGAAAAAACUGCCUAUACUGGUUUUUUUGAUGGGGGUAUUUGCAAAGGUGAAGAAAGGGUUUGAGAAUAUUUUGCUGUCGGAUUGGUUUAGCUGGUGGCCGUUUUGGCAGCAAGAGAAGCGUCUGGAGAGAUUGAUAGCGGAUGCUGAUGCAAAUCCGAACGAUGCUGCUAUGCAGAGUGCUUUGCUUGCUGAACUCAACAAGCACAGCCCUGAGUCUGUCAUUCGGCGCUUUGAGCAGAGAGCUCAUGCUGUAGACAGUAGAGGAGUUGCAGAAUAUAUGCGAGCUCUUGUGGCUACAAAUGCUAUUGCUGAAUAUCUACCUGAUGAGCAAUCUGGAAAGCCUUCUAGUCUUCCUUCACUGUUGCAAGAGUUGAAGCAACGGGCAUCAGGGAACAUGGAUGAACCCUUUUUAAAUCCUGGCAUUUCCGAGAAGCAGCCAUUACAUGUUGUGAUGGUUGAUCCUAAAGUUUCAAACAGAUCAUCACGUUUUGCGCAAGAGUUUCUCUCAACUAUCAUAUUCACUAUUGCCAUUGGCUUGGUCUGGAUAAUGGGUGCUACUGCACUUCAGAAAUAUAUUGGUGGCUUAGGUGGGAUAGGAGCUUCAGGUGUUGGUUCAAGCUCAUCCUAUGCCCCGAAAGAAUUGAAUAAAGAAAUAAUGCCUGAGAAGAAUGUCAAAACGUUUAAGGAUGUCAAAGGUUGUGAUGAUGCUAAGCAAGAGCUUGAGGAGGUUGUUGAGUACCUAAAAAAUCCUUCUAAGUUCACUCGGCUUGGAGGAAAGUUGCCAAAGGGAAUUCUUUUGACUGGAGCACCUGGAACAGGAAAAACUCUCCUUGCCAAGGCUAUCGCUGGAGAAGCAGGGGUACCUUUCUUUUAUAAGGCAGGCUCUGAAUUUGAAGAAAUGUUUGUAGGAGUUGGUGCUCGGCGUGUGAGAUCUUUGUUUCAAGCUGCUAAGAAGAAGGCUCCAUGCAUCAUAUUUAUUGAUGAAAUUGAUGCUGUUGGAUCAACUCGAAAGCAGUGGGAAGGGCAUACUAAGAAAACACUGCAUCAAUUACUUGUUGAGAUGGAUGGUUUUGAGCAAAAUGAGGGCAUAAUAUUGAUGGCUGCGACAAACUUGCCUGAUAUUCUUGAUCCUGCCUUGACAAGACCCGGUAGAUUUGAUAGGCAUAUUGUGGUUCCCAAUCCAGAUGUGCGGGGUCGUCAAGAGAUCUUAGAGCUUUAUUUGCAAGACAAACCAGUUAGUGAUGAUGUCAAUGUGAAUGCGAUUGCUCGUGGAACACCAGGAUUCAAUGGAGCAGAUUUGGCAAAUCUGGUGAAUAUUGCUGCCAUUAAGGCUGCUGUUGAAGGUGCUGAGAAGCUAAAUGCAUCACAGUUGGAGUUUGCAAAAGAUAGAAUAAUAAUGGGAACAGAACGCAAAACCAUGUUCCUUUCAGAAGACUCAAAAAAGCUAACUGCAUAUCACGAGAGUGGCCAUGCAAUUGUUGCCUUGAAUACUGAAGGCGCACAUCCAAUACAUAAAGCUACAAUCAUGCCACGUGGGUCUGCUUUGGGAAUGGUUACACAGCUUCCUUCAAAUGAUGAGACAUCAAUCAGCAAAAAGCAGUUGUUAGCACGGCUUGAUGUUUGUAUGGGAGGAAGAGUAGCCGAGGAGCUGGUCUUCGGUCCAGACAAUGUAACUACUGGGGCUAGUAGUGACCUACACACAGCUACAGAGCUUGCUCAAUACAUGGUAUCGUCCUGUGGGAUGAGUGAUGCAAUUGGACCUGUUCACAUCAAAGAGCGGCCAAGUGCUGAAAUGCAAUCACGUAUGGAUGCUGAGGUGGUCAAACUUCUAAGAGAAGCAUAUGAUCGCGUGAAGGCCCUCCUAAAGAAGCAUGAAAAGGCUCUACACACUCUGGCAACUGCCCUUCUAGAGUGCGAAACAUUGACUUCAGAAGAUAUAAGGCGGAUUCUUCUCCCUUUCUCUGAAGACCGGCUCUCUGAACAACAGCAGCAGCAGCCUCAGGACGAAGAAACUCUCGCAUUGGUUUAGAUAUAUGGUUCUCUUCCAUGGGUGAUCAUCUCAACUGGUGUAGGGGGCUAUUAUGUACAGUGUAUACGGAGCACUAGUUUUGAUUAUUUCACUUACAGGUCUUCACUAUUUUUUGUUUCUUUCCCCUUGUGUUGUAACAUAUUUUUAGGACUUCCAAAACAGGUGUAGCUUCAGUAGUGUUGUACGCCUUAGUAGGACUUCCAAAAUUUCUUUUUUCCGUUUUCUUUGUCAACCGUUUUUUAAUUUUAUAUACCCUCUAUUGGGCAAAAUUUUGCAUGUAAACUUGGGAAUUGUAUAUCUAUUUAUUAUACUGGGAAUAAGGAUAUCCUACUUAACACCAUACUCUAGGAUUUACUAAUUCUGCUCCUUUCAAUGCUAUCUCAUCUGAACAAAUUAACUGAUUUGUUCUCGAGUAUCUGGAGAUU